GGAAACCAUCUCUGCCUGUCUAGCCCUAAUGUGUCCAGCAGCCGAGAAAAUCUGGAGCCUGAGACAGAAACGGAAUCAGUAGUCUCUCUGAGGAGGGAGCGGCCUCGAAGGAGAGAUAGCAAUGAGCAUGGCGCUGGGGGCCACAGGCCCAGUGGCCCCCCAAGGCUGGAGCGCCACCUGGCUGGGUAUGAGAGCUCCUCAACCCUCCUGACCAGCGAGCUGGAGAGCACCAGCCUGGGGGACUCUGACGAGGAUGACACUAUGAGCAGGUUCAGCAGCUCCACGGAGCAGAGCAGUGCCUCACGCCUCCUCAAGCGCCACCGGCGGCGGAGGAAACAACGGCCACCACGCCUGGAGAGGACCUCAUCCUUCAGCAGCGUCACUGAUUCCACCAUGUCCCUCAACAUCAUCACAGUCACACUCAACAUGGAGAAGUACAACUUCCUGGGCAUCUCCAUUGUGGGCCAAAGCAAUGAGCGGGGAGAUGGUGGCAUCUACAUUGGUUCCAUCAUGAAGGGUGGGGCCGUGGCAGCUGACGGGCGCAUCGAGCCAGGGGACAUGCUUUUGCAGGUGAAUGACAUGAACUUUGAGAACAUGAGCAAUGAUGAUGCGGUACGGGUGCUGAGGGACAUUGUGCACAAGCCGGGCCCCAUUGUGCUGACUGUGGCCAAGUGCUGGGAUCCCUCUCCCCAGGCCUAUUUCACUCUCCCCCGAAAUGAGCCCAUCCAACCAAUUGACCCUGCUGCCUGGGUCUCCCAUUCGGCUGCACUGACUGGCACCUUCCCGGCGUACCCCGGUUCCUCGUCCAUGAGCACCAUUACAUCUGGGUCCUCUCUGCCUGAUGGCUGUGAGGGCCGGGGUCUCUCCAUCCAUACAGACAUGGCGUCUGUGACCAAGGCCAUGGCAGCUCCAGAGUCUGGAUUGGAAGUCCGGGACCGCAUGUGGCUCAAAAUCACCAUCCCUAAUGCCUUUUUGGGCUCCGAUGUGGUUGACUGGCUCUACCAUCAUGUGGAAGGCUUUCCUGAGCGGCGGGAGGCCCGAAAAUACGCCAGUGGGCUGCUCAAAGCGGGUCUUAUCCGACACACAGUAAACAAGAUCACCUUCUCUGAGCAGUGCUAUUAUGUAUUUGGAGAUCUCAGUGGAGGCUGCGAAAGUUACCUGGUCAACUUGUCUCUGAAUGACAAUGAUGGCUCCAGUGGGGCUUCGGACCAGGACACCUUGGCUCCUCUGCCUGGGGCCACCCCCUGGCCUCUGUUGCCCACUUUCUCCUACCAGUACCCAGCACCACACCCUUACAGCCCCCAGCCCCCACCCUACCAUGAGCUCUCAUCCUACACCUAUGGUGGAGGCAGUGCCAGCAGCCAGCACAGUGAGGGGAGCCGGAGCAGUGGGUCUACACGAAGUGAUGGGGGGGCAGGGCGCACAGGAAGGCCUGAGGAGCGGGCCCCUGAGUCCAAAUCUGGCAGCGGCAGUGAGUCUGAGCCCUCCAGCCGGGGGAGCAGCCUUCGGCGGGGUGGGGAACCUGGUGGGACUGGUGACGGGGGCGCUCCCCCUUCCAGGGGCUCGUCAGCAGGUACUCCCCAUCUCCGAGCUCACCCAGGGCUAAAUCCCUACGGCCCGCCCCCUGGUAUGGCCCUCCCCUAUAACCCCAUGAUGGUAGUCAUGAUGCCCCCACCACCACCCCCUGUUCCGCCAGCAGUGCAGCCCCCAGGGGCCCCUCCAGUCAGAGACCUGGGUUCUGUGCCCCCAGAGCUGACAGCCAGCCGCCAAAGCUUCCACAUGGCCAUGGGCAACCCCAGUGAGUUCUUUGUAGAUGUUAUGUAGAGCCCACAGUGGGGCCUGUUGGCUCUCUGCCCUUGGCCUGACAGUCAGUGCUCUGUGCUCCUGUCCUGUGAUUGGGUGUCUUGUCAAUCACAUGCCUGUUAACACCUCUGUGCCUGGGCUCAGCCCGCCCUAUGGGCUGCCAGCUGCCACUGACUCUUACUGGCAGUGCCUAGUCCCUCCCCCUCCCUCAGGGGUGUACAAGGGACCUUUGGUUAUUUUUAGCAUUUUUUUAUAAGCUUUUUUGGGGGUUAAAAUAGAUUUUCAUAUGUUUUUGGACUAUUUUUUUAGUAGGCUUUUUUUUUUAUAUGAAGAAUCCCCAUCUCCCGGGCCCCCUUCUUCUGACCAGAAAAUGUCAUUCACCCCGUCAGGUGUCCUGCAGGGUGGGCGGUGGUCAGUGGUACCUUGGGAGGAGGAAGGGGUUGGUCACCCUAGACAGCAGUCAAAGAAAGCUGGGGUAUUUGGUACUUGGGGGCCAUGUAGCUGAUUUUGUUACUCUAUUUAUUUUAGUCACUUGUAUAAAACACGAAAUAAAGCAACAGGGACAAACUC